UAUUCAUCUCACUUUCCCUCAGUUUCCUUCUCUUUCCCUCGAACCAAACACUCCGCAAAGAUUCUUCUUCGACCACAUCACACAUUUUAACCUUUUUACUCUUGUCCUGUUGCUCCAGCUGUCACUCCUCUUUGUUUUUCUCGAUUCAAGAGCAUUGAUUUCGAAACUGAAACCACUGAAUCAGUAAGUCUUUAGAAAUGUGGAGUUUCAAUCCGCUGUAUGUUUUUGUUUGAUAUUUUAGGGUUUGAUGGCUGCGUCGGCGUCGGCGUCGGCGGCAACUGCGGCGGCGACGGUGGAGAGGGACAUUGAGUUGGCCAUCACUGCUCUUAAAAAAGGGGCACAUUUGCUAAAGUAUGGGCGUAGAGGGAAGCCAAAGUUUUGUCCCUUCAGACUGGCCAAUGAUGAAUCUGUUCUGAUAUGGAUCUCAGGCAAAGAAGAGAAACACCUUAAACUAAGCCAUGUCUCCAGAAUUAUACCUGGUCAGCGCACACCCAUAUUUCAGAGGUAUCCUCGGCCUGAGAAAGAAUAUCAGUCAUUUUCUCUUAUCUAUAAUGAUAGAUCCUUAGAUUUGAUUUGCAAGGAUAAAGAUGAAGCUGAAGUUUGGUUUACUGGUCUCAAAGCAGUAAUAUCUCGCAGCCAUCAACGAAGAGGCAGAGCAGAAUCCAGAAGUGAUGGAAUUUCAUCUGGAGCUAAUAGUCCCAGAGCUCACACUCAGAGGAGUUCUCCUUUGAGCUCUCCAUUUGGUAGUGGUGGCAGUUCUCAGAAGGAUGGGUUGGAUCCCCUACGUCUGCAUACACCAUAUGAAAGUCCUCCUAAAGUGGGUUUAGAGAAAGCAUUAUCUGAUGCAAUAUUAUACGAUGUGCCUCCCAAGGUUUUAUUUCCUUCAGAAUCAGGUUGUGGAUCUGUUAAUUCUUUCUCAUCUGGAGGUUCUGAUGGAAGAACUGUUCGCUUAAAGGGAAUGACUGGGGAUGCUUUUAGAGUUAGUUUAUCUAGUGCUGUUAGCUCGUCAAGUCAAGGCUCUGGUCACGAUGAUGGUGACUCUUUAGGAGAUGUUUUCAUUUGGGGGGAAGGCACUGGAGAUGGAAUAUUGGGUGGGGGUUUAAAUAGAGCUGGAAGUUCUUCUGGUAUUAAGAUGGAUUCUCUUGUUCCCAAGGCUUUGGAAUCUGCAGUAGUAUUGGAUGUUCAGAAUAUAGCUUGUGGUGGGCGACAUGCUGCUCUAGUAUCAAAGCAAGGGGAGGUUUUCUCUUGGGGGGAGGAACUUGGAGGCAGACUUGGACAUGGUGUAGACUCAGAUGUCUCACACCCAAAGCUUAUAGAUUCUCUUAAAAAUAUCAAUGUUGAACUUGUGGCAUGUGGGGAGUACCAUUCUUGUGCUGUUACCCUAUCUGGUGAUAUGUACACAUGGGGUGGUAGCACUUGCAAUUUUGGGCUCCUUGGCCAUGGCAAUGAGGCAAGUCUAUGGGUUCCCAAGAAGUUAAAUGGACCUCUAGAGGGAAUACAUGUCUCAUCAGUUUCUUGUGGACCAUGGCACACAGCUGUUGUAACCUCUGCAGGGCAAUUGUUUACUUUUGGUGAUGGAACAUUUGGUGUUUUAGGACAUGGGGAUCGUAGAAGUGUAUCCAUACCAAGGGAAGUGGAGUCCCUUAAGGGCCUUCGGACUGUGCGAGCAGCUUGUGGUGUUUGGCACACUGCUGCUGUUGUUGAGGUAAUGGUUGGGUCUUCAAGUUCCAGCAACUGUUCUUCAGGAAAGCUUUUUACAUGGGGAGAUGGAGAUAAAGGUUGUCUCGGGCAUGGUGACAAAGAAGCUAGACUGGUGCCAACUUGUGUCGCUGCUCUUGUUGAACCCAACUUUUGUCAAGUUGCCUGUGGACAUAGCCUUACUGCUGCAUUGACAACUACAGGCCAUGUGUACAUGAUGGGAAGCCCGGUUUAUGGUCAGCUAGGUGAUCCUAAGGCUGAUGGGAAGCUCCCUUCUCGUGUCGAUGGGAAGCUUAUGAAGAAUUUCGUUGAAGAAAUAGCUUGUGGUGCUUAUCAUGUUGCAGUCUUAACCUCAAGAACUGAAGUUUACACUUGGGGAAAAGGUGCAAAUGGUCGAUUGGGUCAUGGGGAUACUGAAGAUAGAAAUUCCCCAUCAUUGGUUGAAGCUUUGAGAGACAAACAAGUCAAAAGUAUUGUUUGUGGAACUAAUUUUACUGCAGCAAUAUGUCUUCAUAAGUGGGUCUCUGGUGUUGACCAAUCAAUGUGUUCAGGAUGCCGCCUUCUGUUCAAUUUUAAAAGGAAGCGGCACAAUUGUUAUAAUUGUGGACUUGUAUAUUGUCAUUCAUGUAGUAGUAAGAAGUCUCUCAGGGCUUCCAUGGCACCUAAUCCCAACAAACCUUAUCGUGUUUGUGAUAUUUGUUUCAGUAAACUUGCAAAAGCUUCUGAAAUCAACUCUUCAUCUCAUUCUGCACUUAGUAGAAGAGGAAGUAUGAAUAAGGGAUUAAAUGAAGUUGCUGAAAAGAAUGAAAAUUUGGUUUCAAGAUCUCAUGCUCAAAUUGGAAGGAAUUCUUCUCUGGAACCUUUUAAAGAAGUGGAGGGUGGAUCAUCCAAAAGAAACAAGAAACCAGACUUUAAUCGCACACGGAUUUUGCCCCUUCCAAAUGGAGUUUCACAGAGCAAUGCACUUAGUAACUCUAAAUCUUCUAAUCUAGUAUUUGGGUCAACUAAGAAGUUUUUUUCAGCUUCUCUUCCUGGAUCAAGAAUUAUGUCUCGAGCAACAUCACCUACCUCAAGACGAUCAAGUCCACCCCGUGCCACAACACCAACCCCAACUCUUUCAGGUCUUGCAUCGCCAAGAAUUAUUGUAGACAAUGCUAAAAUGACGAAUGAUGGUCUGAGUGAAGAAGUUGUUAAAUUGAGGGCUCAGGUGGAAGAACUUACUCGUAAAGCACAACUUCAAGAAAUUGAGCUGGAAAGAACAACAAAACAGCUAAAGGAGGCUAUUGCAGUGGCUGGAGAAGAGACUGCAAAAUGCAAAGCAGCAAAAGAAGUGAUUAAGUCGCUUACUGCUCAGUUGAAGGACAUGGCUGAAAGGUUACCCGUUGGAGCGACACGAAACAGCAAUUCACCUUCUUUCUCUUAUUCUAGCCCAACUCCUCCUUGGGAUGUUUCUUCUGCAGUCUUAGAGCAAUUGAGCAGUCCCAUGACUCUCCAGGGAGCAAUUUCAAAUGGUUCAAACAGCUUGGUCAUUUCCAAUGGAUCGGACAUUGGUGAUAGUCAUACAUCAAGUCAAACUGAAUUGUCAAAUUUUGAAGCAACAAGGAACAAGAACAGAACAACAAAGGCUGAACCCACUCAGGGUGAUGAAUGGGUUGAGCAAGAUGAGGCUGGUGUCUAUAUCACCCUUGUUGCUUUGCCUGGAGGUGUCAAAGAUCUUAAGCGUGUUCGCUUCAGUCGAAAGCGAUUCAGUGAGAAGCAAGCAGAACAGUGGUGGGCUGCUAACCGAGCUAGAGUGUAUCAACAAUACAAUGUUUCCAUGGUUGACAAGUCUAAUGUAAGCAUAGGAAGAGAAGGGUUAGCUCAUUAAUCUGCCACAUUCAAAGCCCUGCUUCCAAAAAAUCGGGAGUUAAUGUUUUAGAUUUUAGCUUCCAAGAUCGAAGGAAGCACGGGCUUAGUACCCUCAAUUUUGUGUUUGUAGUACGGGUGAGAGGUAAUUUCUUCCCUUAAAAUCUUGGCUUUGGUCAUUUUGGUUGUUCACCGUAAAUGCAUCCAUUUUUUUUUUUUUCAAUUUUUGAUUUUGUUUAUUUUUUGGAGGGAAGUAGCAAGUGCAGGUAAGGCUGUGUAAAUUCCUUGUAAAGUAGGUUGUGGGAUGAAAUUGAGUAACUUCAGUGUAAAUUCAUUAAGGAAUAUAUAACUAGAGUUCACUGUAUUCAUGUAUGAAUGAAUCUUCCAUGUUUUCUCCUAUGGAUUCAGCUUUUUAUUCAAAUUGCUGUACAUCAU